AUGGCUUCACGAUCGCGCAGAGAUCUCGUGCGGCGCCCCUGUGAUCGUUGUCGCCAACGCAAGUCACGAUGUGUUCGAGAUGCAGGCAAAGACAAUUGUACCUCUUGCGAACUGCAUCAUACAGAAUGCACGUUUCUCAAUGGCCCACAGCCACGAAUACGGACCAAUGGAGAAGUCGCCGAGGGGCUAACCAGAUUUUCGCUGAAUGAUCUGUCACCUACACCAACAUCAUCCGUUGAAUCCCCUAGGAGUCAUUCCCGAUUUGAUUUCGCCAAUUCUCUAUUGAAUGGCACGCUAGGUCUUGAUCUGUAUCGAUAUACAGAAUAUAUUGGACCCGCAAGCUAUCAUGAACCUGCUCUACUUAAUUUGAAGAGGCCCGCGGUCUCCACUGGCGGCCCAGCGAGAUCAUGUCCGCGAAGCGUUAGCCAAAACAUCGCAUUUCUGACGCACGCCGACGAUGACUCUAUCUCGCAAUCGCAGUACUGGGCAGAUCUUGAUCAGAUCGAAAGUUGCAUCCGUCCGCUGGGCCAGAGUCUAGUGAAUCUUUACUUCCAUAUUGUACACAGGACAUUCCCAAUCCUGGACAAAAGCGUAUUCCUGGAGAAAUACGCGCAGUCAUAUCGCAACUUUUCUCCGCCGUUGCUUGCCUCAGUCUACCUGCUCGCAUUGGAGUGGAGGUUUUUCGACAGACAGCUGGCCAACUUGACCCAGGUACCAGACGCAGGGCGGCUGGAAAGACUAGCCAUGCGAACAAUAGACGAUGCACGGAGGCGACCCAAGAUCUCGACUCUGCAGGCGGGCUUGCUUCUACUACAGCGGAGAGAUGCCUCCAGUAUCGAUGCACUUCCGGCCCAACUGAUCUCCAUGGGACACACCCUGGGCAUUCAUGUCGACUGCGAGGACUGGACAAUACCCGAGUGGGAGAAGAGUCUGAGACGGCGGUUAGCCUGGGCCUUGUUCGUACAGGAUAAAUGGGGCACUCUAGUACAUGGUCGACCUUCGCUUCUGCCAAUGGAGAUUGAUGGAGACGAUGAGACGAGCGACUGGGUGCUGCGCCCAUGUACUCUUCGUGAUUUUCCCGAAGCUACAGCUGGGGAUGACGAAACCGGCGUUGUCGACGGUGCUACAGGCCGGGAUGCCUUCCUCCAGUUGAUUGAAUUGAGCAAGAUCUUCAGCCGUAUCACAGCGACUUUUUGCUCAACCGGAGCAACGCGAAAGGGAGGUCUGCUUGACCGAAUUGGAGCAUCAGGAGCACUUGAGCUAGCAAAGCCUCUUGCGUUACAACUACGAGCCUGGCACGCAACACUGCCGCCGGGUCUUCAGCUGGACUCCACGCCCUCUCUAAAGCUAUCGACCAACGGAGCACUGCAUUUGUCCCAUGCAGCCGCAGAGCUUACAAUUCAUCGCGCAUUACUUCGAAUUCUCACACCGGACGACUCUCCUAGUCUGAUUGCGGCAAUUCGGGGAGCUGCCCGAGCGCGCCUAGCAUCUGCGGUCAAUCUGAUUGCGGCUUUUCAACUAGAGCACUUGCAGUCAUUCUGGGGCUUCGCUGCCGCAUCACAGGUAGCUCUCGUAGGAUCUCUGGCUGGACUGCUGUGGCUGACUAGCGGUGACGCCGACGAGCAGUCAGAUUAUCUUAAUCAUCUGGAGAGGCUUCGCUGGAAUUUGCAGGUCUGGGCUUCAGCCAUACCAUUUGCUCGUGAAGCCCUUCGAAAGCUCGAUGAAGAGAUUGGUGAUCUAGCCUCGGUGGAUCUUACUGUUGGGCCUGAACUGGAAGGGACUCAAUGA